ACUCCACGGGGAUCCCCGAUGUGUUCAAAUGUCGCCACUAACCAACAGUACUCAGUUGAAUACUUGUCACAGCUGCUCAAGGACAAGAAACAGCUUUCCGCUUUCCCAAAUGUUUUUCAUCACCUCGAACGACUAGCAGAUGAAGAGAUCAGCAAGGUUCGUGUUGCACUGUUCCAGUUCGAAUUCACGAAAGAAGAGAUGAGCCUCCCAGAACCUGAAGGAGAAGUCCAAACAACCAUAGAAAAAGUAUUCGUUCCCGCCAAAGAACAUCCAGAUUACAAUUUUGUUGGGCGGAUAUUAGGACCCCGAGGAAUGACAGCAAAACAGUUGGAACAGGAGACCGGAUGUAAAAUAAUGGUACGAGGGCGAGGUUCAAUGCGUGACAAGAAAAAGGAAGAGCUAAACCGGGGGAAGCCGAAUUGGGAACACCUGUCUGAAGAGCUUCAUGUCCUAAUUCAAUGUGAGGACACUCCCAAUCGCGCACGAGUCAAAGUGGCGCGAGCUGUCGAAGAAGUCAAAAAACUACUCGUUCCGGCGCCUGAAGGCGAAGACGAACUGAAACGGAAGCAACUCAUGGAACUGGCAAUCAUUAACGGCACCUACCGUUCAGCAUCAGAACACGCGGCUGCCGCCGCCGCUGCCGCCCAACUGAAACAGCCGCUGGCUGCUGCUCUUCCCGCUCUUUCUGCCCAGGCUCGAAGCGUUUUGCCCAUGCUGGCUGCUAGCAACCCGGCCCUGGCACGAUCGCCAACGAUGGCAGUGGCUGGUGCUCCAAUUGUGAUGAGUCCCGGACGGGGACCUGCAGGGGCCCAACAAACCCAAAUGCUCGGCCUCCAGUCCCAACUGGGGGCAGCUGCCGUCGCCGCCACUAACAAUGCGGCCGCCGUCGCUGCACAACAGGCCGCCAUUCUUCAACAGCAACAACAGGCCGCCGAGUAUCAGCAAUUGUUAUUCAGGUAUUUUUGA